AUGAUAAAAGAUUUGGGAUUUGGUAUUGUUUUCCAUGAGUUCAGAUAUACAGUUGAUGAAUUUCCUUUGUAUGAUUCUGCUGAAGAUGAAGCACCUUCAGAAAAGGUGAACAAGAUUACUGCAGAAGAACCCCUUUCAGUAGUAACAGUGAGAAGAAGCGAGUUCUCUUACAAAUCCAAUCUUCCAAUCCCAAAAGAUUCAAACACCAACCAAGGUGUUCGAUCAAUUUACAAACUGUAUAGAAUGAGAAACCGGUCAAAAAACUCUCCGGCCACAUCAAAGGAAACCAGUGAUGGUUUGCCAGUAGACGAGACAAAGAUUAAGAAUGUAGUAGUGACUGCGAAGAGAUCACCUUAUGCAGUUCUCGCUUUGUUUAUCUUAGUCAUACACGGAAUAUGGGCAGUUCAUCAUUAUCAAUUCGAGAAUUUACCGGAGCCGCUUUCCGCCGAUCAGGUAGGGAAAAGAGGGUUUUCCGAGGAGUCGGCAAUGAAGCACGUCAAAGCGUUGACUCAAUUGGGCCCUCAUCCUGUUGGUUCUGACGCUUUGGAGCUUGGUUUACAGUAUGUCUUAGAGGAAGCUGAGAAAAUAAAGACGACAGCUCACUGGGAAGUCGACGUCGAUGUUGAUCUUUUUCACGCAAGCUCUGGUGCUAACAUACUCGUCGGUGGACUUUUCAAGGGGAAAACACUUGUCUAUUCAGAUCUUAAACAUGUUGUCUUAAGAAUCUCGCCAAAAUAUACAUCCGAAGAAGUAGAUAGUGCGAUUCUGGUCUCUUCCCACAUAGACACCGUCUUCUCAGCGGAAGGAGCUGGUGACUGUAGUUCCUGUGUAGCUGUUAUGCUAGAGCUUGCUCGAGGAAUCUCCCAAUGGGCUCAUGGUUUCAAGAACUCUGUUAUUUUCUUGUUCAACACUGGGGAAGAAGAAGGCUUAAAUGGAGCCCAUAGCUUUAUCACUCAGCAUCCAUGGAGUAGUAGCAUACAUAUGGCUAUAGACUUGGAAGCCAUGGGGAUCGGUGGAGCAUCCGCUAUUUUUCAGGCGGGUCCAAACCCAUGGGCAAUUGAGAACUAUGCAUUGGUAGCAAAAUACCCCUCUGGUCAAAUUCUUGCUCAGGAUCUUUUUACAUCAGGCGUCAUAAAAUCUGCUACUGAUUUUCAAGUAUACAAAGAGGUAGCUGGUCUUUCAGGUCUUGACUUUGCUUAUGCAGACAAUACAGCUGUAUAUCACACAAAGAAUGACAAGUUGAAACUUUUAAAACCAGGUUCCCUUCAACACCUUGGAGAAAACAUGCUUGCUUUUCUUCUUCACACUGCUUCAUCUUCUCAACUCACCAAAAUGGCAUCCAAUGAGAAAAGUCAACAUGAUCCCGCCAUAUAUUUUGACAUUUUGGGAACAUACAUGGUUGUGUUUAAACAAAGUUUAGCAAACAUGUUAUACAACUCAGUGAUAAUGCAAUCGAUGAUGAUAUGGUGUACAUCAAUUCUAAUGGGUGGUUCAACAUCAGCUGUUUCAUUAUCCUUAUCGUUUUUUAGCAUCCUGCUUAUGUGGAUUUUCUCUUUAAGUUUCUCAAUUUUUGUUGCCUUCAUUCUACCCUUGAUAUCAUCAUCUCCAGUUCCCUUUAUUUCAAAUCCAUGGCUAGUUGGAGGUUUAUUUGUAUCCCCUGCUUUCCUCGGGGCUUUGACCGGUCAACAUAUUGGUUUUCUUAUGUUACAGAAAUAUAUAUUCAAAAUAAUGGAGAAUCGUUCUCUUUCUCUUUCUCUUGUGUUGGAUCUUCCUAUUUUGCCCUUGUAUGGCUUGUCUCCCCAGCUUUUGCUUAUGGAUUGCUUGAAGCGACAUUAUCCCCAAAUAGAGCACCAAAGAUUGGGAGGAACAGUUGUUGGUAUGGGUGUUCGUUUUGACAGGAAUCCUGGAGGGAAUCCAGAGUGGUUGGGGAGUUUACUACUUGCUGUGUACAUAUCAGCUGUUGUAUGCCUUUCAUUGGUGUACCUCAUUUCAUACAUACACAUUUCAGGUGCAAAGAAAUUCAUUGCAAUUGGAAGCUUCAUUGUGUUUUGCCUUUCAUUAACAUCAGUUAUAUCUGGAAUCAUCCCACCAUUCACUGAAGACAUUUCAAGAGCAGUAAAUGUUGUUCAUGUUGUGGACACAUCAGCAAACAAAGAACCGAAUUCUUAUAUUUCAUUGUUUUCAACUACCCCUGGAAAGUUAACAAAGGAGAUUGAACAUAUUGGUGAAGGGUUUGAAUGCGGAAGAGAAAAAGUUAUUGAUUUUGUCACUUUCACUGCUUCAUAUAGUUGUUGGACUGAGGGCAAUUCGGUAAAUGGAUGGAGUAAAUCAGAUAUUCCAACAUUAAAUGUAGAAAAUGAUACUCCAACAACAGAUGAAAGACUUACACAAGUUACAAUCAAUACUAAAGAGUCAACACGUUGGUCUCUUGCAAUCAAUACUAAUAAAAUAGAAGAUUUUCGACUCAAAGAUGGUGAAAACGGGGAGGAACUGAUACAGACUGGGACGAAAAGUAGUGCUGAUGGAUGGCAUAUAAUUCAGUAUUCUGGAGGGAAGAAUGCUUCUAGAAGAUUUGGUUUGACACUUUAUUGGGGUAAAAAUGGAACUCAGGUGGAAAAUGAUGAGGAUGAGGUUUUGUUGAAAUUAAGGACAGAUGUUGAUAGAUUGACUCCAAAAGUCAAAAGGGUUCUUGAGAAGCUUCCUUCAUGGUGCUCAUUGUUUGGGAAGUCAACGUCUCCACAUACCUUAGCUUUCAUAAGUAGCCUACGUGUUAAUUUCUGAUUAACCAUAUACAAAUUUAAACUUUGAUAUCGAUUUCUAGGAAAGCUUUUUUGAUUGUUGAUAGGUAAGUUUAUGAUCAGAAUCUUGUCAAUUGAGUUAUUAUGUUUAGACUAUAGUUUUGGAUGUUCAACACGAUUGUUUGAUGUUCGAUUGUUGUCUAUGUAACUAUGAUACAAACUUGCCAUAUGGGAGAGGUUUAUUUUUUAAAAUAAGCAAAGGAUCUAUUGACAAAGUUUCUUGGUUUGCAAGUUUGAAUAAUAGUAUUUAUAGGGCGUUAGGGUUAGGGUUUUUGGUAGGCAAAGAUUAAUUUUGACAACCCUUUGAGACCAACUACUUGUUGAAUUGUAGGCAUUAUUUUUUCUAGUUAUAUUUUAAAUAAGAAUUUAGUUUGGUUUGUAUCCAAUUGGUAUUAGAGCG